AUGUCCUCUCAGGAAAAUCCUCACAAGGGAAAGUUCUCCGACAGAUCCUCUCAGGGAAUGUCUUCUCAGGCAGUUCCUCACAAGAAAUGUCCUCUCAGAGAAGGUUCUCAGGCAGAUCCUUACAGGGAAAGUUCACAGGUCAGAUCCUCACAGGGAAUGUCUUCUCCAGGCAGUUACUCACUGGGAAUGUCCUUUCAAAUGGGACCUCACAGGGAAGGCAAAUCCUCACAGGACAGAUCCUCUCAGGAUAAUCUUCAUAGGGAAAAUUCUCAGAACAGAUCCUCUCAGGCAAUGUCUUCUCCGGGCAGUUCCUCGCAGGGAAUGUCCACUCAGGGCAGAUCCUCACAGGGAAAGUUCUCAGGCCAGAUCCUCACAGGGAAAAUUCUCAGAAGAGAUCCUCUCAGGGAAUAUCUUCUCCGGCAGUUCCUCACAGGGAAUGUUCUCUCAUGGCAGAUCCUCACCGGGAAAGUUCUCAGGGCAAAUCCUCUCAGGGAAUGUCUUCUCCGGGCAGUUCCUCACAGGGAAUGUCCUCUCCAGCAAUUCCUCACAGGGAAUGUCCUCUCAGGGCAGAUCCUCACAGGGAAAAGUUCUCAGGCCAGAUCCUCACAGGGAAAGUUCUCAGGCCAGAUCCUCACAGGGAAAGUUCUCCGGCAGUUCCUCACAGGGAAUGUCUUUUCCGGUCAGUUCCUCACAGGGAAUGUCUUCUCCGGCAGUUCCUCACAGGGAAUGUCCUCUCAGGGCAGAUCCUCACAGGGAAUGUACUCUUAA